GAUUGGAGACCUUUUGCGUGUAGAUUUUUGCCUCUGACGUUUACGAAAAUAAAGAAAAAAUAAAAUAGGAAAAAAAUCUAUUCCUCUGCCAGUGAAAUAAGAACAAGUGUAAAUAUUCGAUAUUAAUUAAGAUAAAAUACACAACAUUUCGAUGAUAAAUUAUCAAUCAACCCAAAAGCGAAUUAAGCAAAGGGUAAUUUACAAAAACAAAGCUUAAGAGAGAGAAAGAGAGAAAUUCCUUAUCGAAUAAACAACACUGUUCGCGACGGCAAGUAGAAAGCCACAAUGUCCGGUGCAAGUGAUGAUGAUAAGAAAGAAGCCAUAAAUGAAAUAGCAGCUUCAAGCAUUCGUUCUGGCUUAGCCGAAUUGGAGCUAAAAACAUCACAAGUGCUGCAACGUUUGGAAAAUGUCAAAGCUGUACCCAUGGAUGCUAGCCCCACGGCGCCAACUAUGGAUGUGUUGCAAAAUUUAACACUGAAUACCGAUGGUAAUGGCCCACAACAAACCAAUGCUGCCAGUACGGUUCCUUUAACAGCCACAGCAAAUUUGCUGCAACAACUUCAUGGCACACGAAAACCUCCAUCGGAAAUUCUUAAAUCCUUAGAGAUACUUAUAGCCUAUACCGAUUCGGAGGAGGAGCCCGAAUUCCCUUUGCCCGCUCUGGAUGAUGUUUCACAUUUGGCCCUGAUAUCUCAUAGCAUAGUGGCCUAUUUGUCACAUUUGGAUCGUAAACAAUUGGUGCGAGUUACGGGCAGUAUCGCUGGCGAUACCACACACUGGCUGGGCACCUUGUUUCGUUUCAUGGAUCCGUCCAGUAGUUUUCACAAUGACAAUGCCGAUGCAAUUCUGCGUGUUGUGCGGCUGGCUAUAGUCUCACGUUGUCCUGGCUACUUAGAAGGUGGUAUACCAGCCUUGGCGCAGCCCUGUUUGUAUAUAUCGGAGAAUACAACGCCCUUGCGUUUACAAUAUGCCUGUAGGCAAUUGGGCAUACCAUUGGAUGCGAUACGUCUCAUACCGGCAAAUACCACAUUUGGCACCAUGGAUUUAUCGGUGUUGCAAAGGCAAAUACAAAUCGAUUUAUCCUCGAAUCGUACACCCCUUUUGGUGAUUGCUGACGUGGGAGCCUCUCUGUGUGGUUAUGUGGAUAAUCUGGUGCGCAUGCAUGAAAUCUGUAAGACGAAUAAUCUUUGGCUGCAUGCCACCGGUCAUGGAUUGGCAGCGUUGGUGUGCUCUCAAGGACCAGGUGUGAUAAGUUCAUUGGUGGAUUCGAUUACAUUAUCCUUGGGCAGUUGGUUGGGUAUACCCAGUUUACCGAUUGUGCUCUUGCAUCGCCAGCUACACAAUUCUGCCUUGAAUACCUUUGAUCAGGAUCCCAUACUGUCGCGGCGUCUCAAUUCCUUGGCCUUGUGGACCAGCUUACAGGCUAUGGGUCGUGAUGCUAUCUCGGAACGCAUACAUGUAGCUUUUCAGACAUGCAGUAUACUCUUUGAAAUGGCCUCGGAGUGUGAAGGCAUUAAAGUUUUGAGCCGUCCUCCGGGUGCCCAGUCCGGAAAAUCUUUAUCGGACGUAAUUAAUAAACCCUUGGAUGUUAAUUUGCUUUUUGAAACCGCUGCCCCUGUUGUGGUGUUUCAGUUUGAUGGCAGCGUUACUGUAACCACAAACUCCCCCCCUGACAAUGAUAACAGCCGUACUUCGGAUACUGUUAAGUCUUUGGAGAAGGUUAGCAAUGCCUCCUAUUUUGAUCGCUUGAAUUCUUGGCUAGGACAGAUUUUACAAAGGGAUUGCCCAAAUUUCGAUUUCGAAAUCAUUGAGCAUGCCACUCAUGGAACUUGUAUACGCUAUUGUCCCUUGGAGUUGAGCUUGGGUGAACAGCCACCCACUGCGGAAAAUCUAGAAAAUUUGGCACAAAGUUUAGAAACUCAUGUGGAUAUCUUAAGGGCCACCAUCAAGCACAAAGCCACGUUUAUGCAUUUGGUAGAGAAAAGUGAGGUAUUACGUUUGGUUAAUCUACCCGAAUGGGCUGGCAUGGGUGGUGUACGUUUUGUACCCGAUGGCUGGGAGUCAUUACUAACCGAUCAAGCCAAGACGGAACUGAAUAAACUGAAUGCCGAUUUGGUAGAGUCUCUAAAGGCCACCGAUAAUGCCUUCUCAUUGGGCGAGGGUCCGGAUGGUCUGAUUUGUGUACGUUUUGGCAUGGUAACACAUGAAACCGAUGUGGAUGAAUUAUUGGAUUUGGUGGUAUCGGUGGGUAGAAAUGUCCAAGAGAAUUCUAGAGUUUUGGAUACCAUGUCGGAGAUAGUCAAAAGGGGCAUUGAGGCUGCUACUGCUGAUUUACAGCGCGAAAGUGAUGAGAAACUCUGGCAAGAAGGUAUACUGCGCCAUGUACCCGUGGUGGGACGUGUUGUUAACUGGUGGUCUCCACCAUCUAAAGAGAAUGGCAUCAAAGGACGCAGUUUGAACUUAACACAGGGUGUAGUGGAAUCCACUGAAAACAUAUACAAAUAUCACAUGCAAAUGUCUAAUACCCACACUCAAUUGCCUGCUAACAAGUCACCUCCCACGCCCAUGGUGCAGACACCCGUUAUAAAUCCAACAAUGAAUGCAGUGCCUCCAGUAUUUCCUGGUACUCCUGGGACCAACAAUCAUAGCCCCUCAUUAAACGAAGAAGCUGCCCCAAUGACAACACCUUCGCCCACCAAGGGUAGCCCAACCAAAUCAGUAGCAGCGCCAACGGCAGCGGAAACAGUCACCGAGGGAACAACACAUGAAACUGUCAAUGUCGCCGCGGCCGCCGCCGCUGCCGAACACAAUCGUACAGUGAGCCAAACCAGCAGUGUGGCUUCUUCAGUCCCCGAAUUGGUAGCAAUAAAUAAUAGUGCAAUUAAUACUAGUGAUACGACAAAUGCAAAUAGUAUCUCAUAAAGGCCUACUGCAUACCCCCUCUUCUCCCCCCAACAUAAAUGUACAUCUACAUAGUGUAUGUUCUUCUCAAAAGUCUCUUGUUUUUCUACUACUACUACUACUAAUGUCAAAGCAUUUGUCCAACAUUGUUUUGGGCCAUUAAAAUCCUACUCUCCUCUAUACCUCAAGGCAACACAACCAAAAAACUCUUUCUCUCUCUCUCUCUAACUACAACCACAUACAAUAACAACAUCCUUUUUUAGGCUUCUUGACCUCAACGACUAUGCUUUUCUUUACAGCAAAUCCUUAAGUCUUACAACUGGUAGUGUUGUUGUUAAGGUGGGGAUCCCCACCCAUGCAUAAAUAAAAAAAAACAACAAAA